CAGACCGCUGAAGAAGGGGGAGCACCCCAUGUGCAAGGAACACGAGGACGAGAGGAUCAACAUCUACUGCGUCACCUGCGAGGUCCCCACCUGCUCCAUGUGCAAAGUUUUCGGCGCCCACAAGGACUGCGAGGUCGCUCCCCUGCAAACUGUCUUCCAGGGCCAGAAGACUGAGCUGAACAACUGCAUCUCCAUGCUGGUGGCGGGGAACGACCGGAUCCAGACGAUCAUCUCCCAGCUGGAGGACUCGUGCCGGAGCACCGAG